GCUUCGCCUGUGAUGUUUAAGAUAAACAUACAGGAGCAAAUAUAGUAUGUAAGAAGAGAUAAAAAGAGGAGUUUGUUGUUGUUAUUGUUGAGGAAUCAUUCUGGGAUCUUCAAGCCCCACUCUCUUCAUGAUAGUGAAGAAAUUCACCUCAGAAGAUGGCUGCUCUGUGGACCUUGGCUUUCGAGUCAGUAUUGAAGAAAAAGGAUUCUACACAGAGAACUUCCAUUCAGCUGCAUGGGUUUUCCGAGGGGAUGAUGGGAAUCCCGAGGACAGCCCCAGAUGUCUUAGCAAAAAACCCCGACCAGUGGCUGUCCGUGAGCGCACCGUGAAGCUCCUCAAAGGGACCGGCGAUUACCCCUGGGGAUUCCGUAUUCAGUACUCCAAACCGAUCGUGGUAACUGAAGUGGAUGCUAACAGUGCCGCCGAGGAAGCUGGGCUCCAGGUCGGGGACGUGGUGCUGGCCGUCAACGGGACGGAGGUCACCGGCGUGGAACAUGCAGAAGCCGUGCACCUUGCAAGGAAAGGUCCAGACCUCUUGACCCUGGUGGUGGGAUCCGACAUCAGCCGCUGUCCCAACACCCCCCGGCCCGCCUGCCGCGGCUACCUGCAUAAGAGGACGCACUCGGGAUUCCUGAAGGGCUGGAGGAAGCGGUGGUUCGUGCUGAAGAAUGACGGCUGCCUCCAGUACUACAGACACAAGAAGGAUGAAGGAAAAUGCUCGCCUCUAGAGGUAAUAAAAUUAGAAGGUGCAGAAGUUGGCAUUGAUAGCAGCUUGGGGAAACCAUUUGUGUUUAACUGUGUGCCUCAAUCUGGAAAUAGAACUUUUUGCCUCUGCGCAACUUCAAACCAAGAAUUCAAAAGGUGGCUGGAAGCAAUGGACAGAGCAGCCCACCCUGUCCACCAGAGCCAUGUCUGGGAAGACGUUACCCUGCACAACAGCAGCCUCCCGCCCCUGGCUAUCAAGAGCCCGGAGUGCCUGGGCCUCCUGCACCAGCUGGACGGAAGCUCGGACGUGUGGACCCAGCACUACUGCAUCCUGAAGGAUGGCUGCUUGUACUUCUACGCCAGCAUUCGCUCCAGCCAGGCCUCAGGUGGCCUUUAUCUACAAGGAUACCGGGUGAAUGAGCAGACCCUUAGUGUCAAGCAAUCAGUAAUUGAACUCAAGCCUCCAUCUGAAGAAUUUAAGACUUUCUAUUUCUGUGCAGAAAAUGAGACAGAAAAUCAACGCUGGAUUACAGCUCUGAGGAUGUCCAUCCAGAAAUGGCUUCCUUUGCACCAGGCUAUUCAAGACUUCAUGAACCGACCUCUAGAGGAGACCAGAAUGUGAUCGAAAUCCUAAUCUUAAGAGAAAGGAUCCACAAAAUCACCACUAGCCAGUUACGAAAAGAAAUAAAAAACAUUUAUCAUUAUGUAGCUUUGCAAAUGAAUGUUCCUCUUAUAUAUUUAAAUUUUGUGAUGGCUAUAAUUUUUAUUUUGAACCAAAACACCAAAAUCUAAUAUGAUAUUCAGAUAACUUGUAUUAACAUCAUUAAUAAUUUCAUGUUUUCCCCCUCAAAGCAGCACAUGUUAGCAUCAAAAUAUAGUAUGCUGCAUAUCUCUG